CUGAUUUAGGGUUUAUUCGAGAAUAACCCGGUGUUAGAUGUGACAAACUGGAGGUCAUUCUGCUUUGAUUAGAUGUCAUUAAAGGAAUUUCAAGACCUUUAAAUUUGACGGAAGCAACUUUGCCACAUUUUUUAGCUUAACUCAUCUUUGUAAUCACCAAUUUUUCACCUCGAAAAGUGUGCUUGGUCCCCCUUAUGGUUUUCGAUUUUGGGGACCUCAUAUAUUUCGGUUUAUUAUCUCAAAAUAUUGUAUUAUUUCUUUGCUACUUUAAUUAUUUAACUAUUGAUCUGUUUAUUGUUUGCUUUCAAUAUUGACAGCUGUUCUCAUUCUUAGUUCAUGUUUUUAUAUAUUCCCAGCUUUUUCAGAGAUAUUUCAGUUCUAAUCUUUUUUAUUAUUCUAUUCAAUAUGAUUUAAUUUUUUAGUAAUUUAAUUUUAUAAAAUUCACUUUCGUUGCAUUUUUCAUUUUAUAAAGUUCUUAUUUUAAUAUCACAAAAAUUUAAAUUUGAUUAACAUAAUAAUGUCAUUUAGGCCGAUUUUUGUCUUUUUAUUGAAAUUUCAAUGGCUUAUAGAUCAUCGGCAAGUGGUUUAAGUGUAACUGUCCUAGCUAAGCAAACUAACAAAUACAACCCACAUGAAGCUGAACUUCUUUUAUUAUGGAUAAAAGAGUUGCUUGGCGGAAAAUUUAACACAAGCGGUGAACGUGAAAAUUUUCAUACUGUUCUUAAGGAUGGGCAAAUUCUAUGCAAAUUAGCCAACGAAAUUCAGCCUGAUGCAAUUCCAACUAUACAUCGACCAAGAAAGCUUGUUUGGGUUGGAGAAACGCCUUUAACUACAAGGUUUGCUUGUAUGGAGAACAUAAACAGUUUCGUCGACUGGGCUAGAAAACAAGGAGUUUCAGAUCACGAAACAUUUCAAAGUUCUCUUAUUUUCUCAACAAUAAAAUACUUUAUUUUAGGCGACGAUCUUUUUGAAGCCCGUGACUUAUAUUCUGUUUGUAUGACCCUUCACGCACUUGGAAGAAUUUUGGAAAAGCGCGGAAUGUCACAUCCCAACCGUGUGAAAUGCGACGAGCAUUUGAAUCUGCCUGUCAUAGAUGCGCAUACCCAAUUGCGAAUACCUGUUGUGCAGAUGCAACAAAACGGCAAUUCAAACAAUGAGUUUCAUAUUGAAAAGGACUAA